ACCUUACAGCUAUAGGAUAAGUGUGAAGGUUCUAUUGCCAUUCAAAGUGUUAUAUAUAUGUGUGUACCGGUUAUUCUUUUCCAAAUAGUUCCCACGUCCCCAUCCCCCAUAGGGCCACGCAACGCAAUCGUCAAGCAAUACUUUGAAAUCAUGUCUCUGCUCCUGCACCACUUCUUUCCCCGCAACCCAACGUUCGGCUACGAAGCGCUUCGAGCUGCAGGAUACAGCAAUUACGGUGGUGCUGACAUAAGUGAAAUCAUUGCCAUCUGCUCUCGGAUCCCAUCGGGCAACGAAGACCGCUGGCUACGCGAGUGGCAAGCCGCAGCAGACCGGGCUGUGUCUAAUGCAAAGACAAGUGUUGAGAAGGGCAACCCCAUCAGCGCCCAGCAGGCAUACCUCCGAGCAUCAAACUACUAUCGCACUGCGGAGUUCUUCCGACGUGAGGAUCCAUUCAACGAUGAGUUAGCACAUACACUAUAUCAGAAAUCGGUAGAUACCUUUGUUUCAGCUAUGAAAUUGGUAGACUAUUACUUUGAAGAGGUUGAUAUUCCAUACGAAGGGACGACGCUCCCAGGGUACUUUAUGCGUCCAGACCAGAAAUCGGUGCCGCGGGCUACUAUCAUCUUUAAUGGUGGCUUUGACAGCACGAAGGAGGAGGCCUGGUUCGCCAUCGCUUUGCCAGCCCUGCAGCGAGGGUUUAACGUGCUGAUUUUUGAUGGCCCAGGGCAAGGAAUGGUAAUUAGGGAGAGGCGACUAUUCUUCCGACCGGAUUGGGAGAGCGUGGUGACGCCGGUUGUGGACUACGCCCUAAGCAGGGCGGAUGUGGCACCUGAAAAACUUGUCAUCUUCGGCUGGAGUAUGGGUGGCUAUUUGGUCGCGAAAGCUGCAACAAAGGAGCAUCGUGCCGCAGCAUUGAUUCUUGAUGAUGGAGUAUUCGAUUUUGGCCACCCAUUCCGCAGUCAGACACCAGGCUUCGUGAAAUAUUUGAUUCGCCAUCACUGGGAUGCCGCAGCAAAUGCUAUACUUAGGCUGGUGAUGCGGACAUCAACCGGCACAAAAUGGGGCCUCCUCAACGGAAAGUGGACCUUUGGUGCGGCAUCUGAAGCUGACUUCUUGCGCCAAGUCAUGACCUAUACGCUUGAAGGGAGCGCAGGUGAGAUCAAAACGCCAGCUCUGAUAUUGGAUGCGCCAGACGACCACUUCCUAAAGGGUCAACCGGCGGCACUGGAGAAGAACGUGGUUUGCAAAACCACUUUUUUUGCAUUAACAGCAGAGGAGGGCGCUAGUACCCAUUGCCAUACGGGUUCGUCCUCAAGAUUACAUCAGGUGAUAUUCGAUUAUGUAGCAGACAUUCUCUAAGCUGCCGUGCGUAGCCAGAAGGUUGUCAGAUCACAAUGUAUUCGAGGUCAUUGUUGAGAGAUACCAAGAUUAGGGUUACCUUGGUCAAAUUAGGUUUUCCCCAGCCACUCUAUUAGGACCUAUUGUAUGUAU